ACCACCUGGAGGCGGAGGGGGGGGUUGAUUUCUAUCACCCCUAGGGAGAGAGGAUCCAGGACCCGCUGAUCUUCCAGCUCCCCUCACCCAACAUCGUGAAGGGCUUAAUAUGUCCUUUGUGGUGUUUCUGCUAAAAAUUAUGUCUUGCAUCUCACCAUGAAGAAACAUGAGGCAAGCUGAGAUCAAGAAACAUUUUGGAAGGCAUAUUGCAGAGAGACCAUUCUGUCCUUGAUGAGUGCACGUGUGCUGGACAGAUGACUGUCCUCUCCCCUGUGCUGCUGCGGUAGGUGGCCCAGACUUGGAGCUGUCCAGCAGGGAGACAAUGGAUGCCAAGGAUGGAAGCUCUCAUGUGUGGCAGACGUCUGCAGAGCAUGAGCAGAAUGCUACACAGAAUCUGAGUGAGGAAGGCUUGAAUGUCUCAUCUUUUGAGGUGCACUUUGUUCCGGAUGCUGGAACUGUGGCUCAGAUAGUCUACACUGAUGACCAGGUUCGUCCACCACAGCAGGUGGUGUACACGGCAGAUGGUACCUCCUACACAUCAGUGGAUGGUCCAGAACACACACUGGUAUACAUCCAUCCUGUGGAAGCUGCACAGACUUUGUUUACAGACCCAAGCCAGGUAGCCUAUGUCCAACAGGAUGCUACAACUCAGCAGGUGCUGCCUUCCAUUGAGAGCGUGGAUGGUUCCGAUCCUUUGGCAACGCUGCAGAACCCCAUUGCUAGACUGGAGGCAAAAGAUGAAGAGGAUGAGGAUGAAGAUGAGGACACUGAUGAUGAAGAGGAAGAAGAUGGUGAAGACACAGAUCUGGAUGACUGGGAACCAGACCCACCCCGGCCCUUUGACCCCCAUGACUUGUGGUGUGAGGAGUGUAACAAUGCCCACUCAUCAGUGUGCCCAAAGCAUGGGCCCUUGCAUCCCAUUCCCAACCGGCCUGUGCUCACUCGGGCCAGAGCAAGUCUCCCCCUGGUCCUCUACAUAGACAGGUUUCUUGGAGGAGUGUUCUCCAAAAGGCGAAUUCCCAAGCGUACCCAGUUUGGCCCUGUGGAGGGACCCCUGGUUAGGGGAUCGGAGCUGAAAGACUGUUACAUUCACCUAAAGGUUUCUCUUGAUAAAGGGGACAGAAAAGACAGAGAUUUGCAUGAAGACCUCUGGUUUGAGUUGUCUGAUGAGACCCUUUGUAACUGGAUGAUGUUUGUACGUCCAGCCCAGAACCACCUUGAGCAGAACCUGGUGGCUUACCAAUAUGGCCACCAUGUGUAUUAUACAACCAUAAAGAACGUGGAGCCCAAGCAGGAACUAAAGGUGUGGUAUGCUGCAUCCUAUGCAGAGUUCGUGAACCAGAAAAUUCAUGACAUUUCUGAGGAAGAAAGAAAAGUUCUUCGAGAACAAGAGAAGAAUUGGCCCUGCUAUGAAUGUAACCGUCGCUUUAUAAGCUCAGAGCAGUUGCAACAGCACCUCAAUUCUCAUGAUGAGAAACUAGACGUGUUUAGCAGAACAAGAGGCAGAGGAAGGGGACGAGGCAAAAGGCGAUUUGGCCCUGGUCGACGACCAGGGCGUCCUCCAAAAUUUAUCCGUUUGGAACUAACCAGCGAGAAUGGGGAAAAGAGUGAUGAUGGGACCCAGGACUUGCUGCAUUUUUCCACGAAGGAACAAUUUGAUGAAGCUGAACCAGCUGCUCUGAAUGGGCUAGAUCAGCCAGAACAGACCACUAUCCCAAUACCUCAGCUGCCACAGGAAACCCCGGCUUCUCUGGAGCAUGAACCAGAAACUCACACUCUACAUCUGCAGCCACAGCACGAGGAGAGUGUGGUGCCUACCCAGACCACUUUGACAGCUGAUGACAUGCGCAGGGCCAAACGCAUCAGAAAUGCAGCUCUUCAGCAUCUGUUUAUUCGGAAGUCCUUCCGGCCUUUUAAGUGUUUGCAGUGUGGGAAGGCCUUCCGUGAAAAGGACAAACUGGACCAACACUUGCGCUUCCAUGGGCGGGAGGGUAACUGCCCGUUGACCUGUGAUCUGUGUAACAAGGGCUUCAUCAGCAGCGCUUCUCUGGAGAGCCACAUGAAGCUCCAUUCAGACCAGAAGACUUACUCUUGCAUUUUUUGCCCAGAAUCCUUUGAUCGCCUUGAUUUGUUGAAAGAUCAUGUGGCCAUUCAUAUCAAUGAUGGCUAUUUCACCUGCCCAACUUGUAAGAAACGGUUCCCAGAUUUUAUCCAGGUAAAAAAGCACGUUCGCAGCUUCCAUUCAGAAAAGAUCUACCAGUGUACAGAGUGUGACAAGGCCUUCUGCCGUCCUGAUAAGCUGCGGCUCCACAUGCUCCGGCAUUCAGAUCGCAAAGACUUCCUGUGUUCUACCUGUGGAAAACAGUUUAAGCGGAAAGACAAACUACGGGAACACAUGCAAAGAAUGCAUAAUCCUGAAAGAGAAGCCAAGAAAGCCGAUCGCAUCAGCCGCUCCAAGACCUUCAAACCCCGCAUCACAUCCACGGACUAUGACAGCUUCACGUUCAAGUGCCGCCUGUGUAUGAUGGGCUUUCGGCGCAGAGGCAUGCUGGUAAAUCACUUAUCAAAGAGGCAUCCAGACAUGAAGAUAGAAGAGGUGCCAGAGUUAACCCUACCUAUCAUAAAACCCAACCGUGAUUAUUUCUGUCAGUACUGUGAUAAGGUUUAUAAAAGUGCCAGUAAACGUAAAGCUCAUAUUCUGAAGAACCAUCCAGGAGCUGAGUUGCCUCCAAGCAUUCGGAAACUUCGUCCUGCUGGUCCUGGAGAGCCAGACCCCAUGCUAAGCACCCAUACCCAGCUGACGGGCACCAUUGCUACUCCUCCUGUGUGCUGCCCACACUGCUCUAAGCAGUACAGCAGCAAGACCAAGAUGGUCCAACACAUUCGAAAGAAACAUCCUGAAUAUGCACAGCUGCCCAACACUAUCCAUACCCCCUUGACAACAGCUGUGAUCAGUACUGCCCCGGCUGUUUUAACGACAGACAGUGCCACUGGAGAGACUGUGGUGACAACAGAUCUGCUAACCCAAGCAAUGACAGAACUGUCCCAGACCCUAACAACAGAUUAUCGAACGCCACAGGGGGACUACCAGAGGAUUCAAUAUAUUCCUGUGUCUCAGUCUGCAUCUGGUCUCCAGCAACCUCAGCACAUACAGCUUCAAGUGGUGCAGGUGGCCCCGGCUACUUCUCCACACCAGUCUCAGCAGUCCACUGUGGAUGUUGGCCAACUCCAUGACCCUCAGACCUACACCCAGCAUGCCAUCCAGGUGCAGCACAUCCAGGUCACAGAGCCUGCCACCACGACCCCACCUUCAUCCCAGGUAGCUGGGCAGCCAUUAAGCCCUUCUGCCCAGCCAGCGCAGCAGGGGCUCAGCCCCUCCCACAUCCAAGGCAGCUCUUCCACACCAGGGCAGGCUCUGCAGCAACCCCAGCAGCAGCAGCCACAGCCACAGCAACAGAACACCUCUGUGCAACACACAUACCUCCCCAAUGCCUGGAAUUCCUUCCGUGGCUAUUCAUCUGAGAUUCAGAUGAUGACACUCCCCCCAGGUCAGUUUGUGAUCACGGACAGUGGUGUGGCAACUCCUGUCACUUCUGGCCAAGUAAAGGCAGUUACUCCGGGUCACUAUGUGUUAUCAGAAAGCCAACCGGAAUUAGAGGAAAAGCAAACUGCUGCCCUCUCUGCAACAGUGCAGGUUCAGCCUUCCACACACAGUGACUCCUUGGAUUCUCAAAACAGCAGCCAGCAGCAGACAACACAGUACAUCAUCACGACUACCACCAAUGGCAAUGGCAGCAGUGAGGUGCACAUCACUAAGCCGUAAUGCAUCUAUCAGGAGCUAGACGGACUCACAUCAUAUCUUUUCUCCUUCAUCAAUCAGCUUCUGACCCCUAGAACUCUUUUUUAAGAUUUAUUACUCACUCAAGAGUUUGGAAACUACCGUUUUGACACUCACAUGUGCUGGGGGUGAUUUUUGCCAAUGUCAUCUUUAGCAAAUUGACUCUUCAAACCCUUGGGCUUUCUGCCACAGAACGGAGAUCUUUCAGAGGAAAGUACAUUUCAAGAUGGAGAAACUUGGAUUUUCCCUUGUUAGUUGUGUGUCUUCCUUCCUUCCUUUCUUUCUUUCUUUCUCUUUCUUUUGUUCACAACACACUAAUAAGCCUUAUUCUCCCUUUGUGGAAAUAUUAAGUGGUAUAUUGUAUUCAUACCAAAGGUGGAGACAGGAUGGCCAUUGGACUGCUGAAUUCUAAGCCAUGGCACCAGAGGAGAAGGGGUAGUUUAUGGGUGUGAAUUAGGUCAAGACUGCUUUCUCUUGUGUGUUUGAGUUUUCAAUAAUUUGACAAAGAAACUUCCUAGAAGAAAAAGUUAAAAUGAUGAGAAAAAAGUUUGACAGUAUUCUCAAGGGAAAACUGUUGUCUAAAUUUUUCUUACUGUUGAUUUUUUAAAUUGCUUUUUUGGUGGGUUAGAUAGGGGUAUUGCUCUAUUGCUCAGGCUGGUCCUAAAUUUCUGGGCUCAGAUAAUCUUCCUGCCUCAGCCUCCUGAGUAACACAGGCAUGUGCCACCAUUUUUUUUAAGUUUCUUAUUUAAAAAAACAAUGUUGUUUGCUAAUUGAUAGUGCUUUCCACAGAUGCUAGUCUUAGCAGAUGAAGUAGAACCUCAUGCUCUGAUAGUUCCUCAAUAUGAACUCACUGAGGAAAAAACAUCCUUGGUUUCAGCAGAUUUCAAGCCCGCACAUUAAAAUGUUGCCUACCAUUCUCUGGUUGUAGUUGUAUUAAGAAGGAGAUAUUAGUACCAAGAAAAAUUACUAAAGCUAUGUGUAGAAAGAGAGACCGAGAGAUAGUCAGAAAGAAAGUACUAAAAUCUUGUCUUGCUUUGCAGGAUGCAUUUACCAUUUAUUGGUAAAAGAUGAAUUCCUUGUUCUUACCAAACAUAUGUUUAACUUUAUUUAUUUAUUACUAUUUUUUGUGGUGCUGAGGAUCAAAUCCAGGGCCUCAAGCAUGCUGAGGUGCUCCAUCAAUUAACCACACCCCAACAUUUAACUCUUGCUUACAACAUUCAGUAUAUUUUAGUACUUUUAAGGUCAUCUUAAAAUGAACAUUCUUUAAUGUUGGAUGGAAAGAUGGCCUUUAUUAUUUUUAAACACUUUUUCACUAUCAAUACAUUGUAACUCAUCUGGACCUACUUGUAAAAUGACCAAUUUCCACUUAGGGUAAAAAAUGAAAACUUGAGGACCAUUUGUAAUAGCUUAGGAUAAUGUAAAGGAUCUGGAAUAUAUUCAGUCUUUAUGAAUAUUAUACUGUUUGUUGAAAGAAGAAAACUAUGCUGUGACGAUAGUUGGUUGGGAGCCUCGUUUGCUAUGAAUUCAGUGAGGAAAAGUAUUUUUUUCCUUUUUAUUGUACAUUCCAGUUAUUAUCCAUAAAACAUUUCAAAAGUCAGUAUGUAUUUUAACAACUUUUGUGACAUAUUUUUUUAGAGUACUUAUAUUGUAUAGUGAACUUCCCACUCCAGAUUAGGAAGACUUAUAUGUUCAUUUCAAAUGAAGGUAACUCACUGAUCUUAUUCACAUUUAUGAGUAAAAACUGUCUAUAUGAACUAAGAAGUAUAGUGGCUUUUUUUAUGGUAAAGAUACCUUUCUGAAAAGCAAACAAUUCUUUUGCAAUAACUUUAUUAAAAUGUAGAUCUUGCACUUUGAUUUUGAGAAGUUCAUUCAUACUGUUAUCUCUGAAACUUAGGGCACUAAGAAAAUUUGAGAAAGUUAUCUCAAAAAUAUGUGAAACCUAGCUGGGCAUAGUGGCACAUACCUAUCAUACUAGCACUUGGGAGAUCGAGGCAGGUUUGUAAAUUCAGGGCCUGCCUGGGCUACAUAGCAAGACCCUGUCUCAAAAAAAAAAAAAGAAGUGUGAAAACUGAAAAGGGCCUAUGUAUCUUUGGUGACAAAGAGGUAUGAUAAUUUCAACUAAAAAUACCAACUUUGAGUCAAAAUGCAAACUUUGGUUUCCAUAGUCCCAUAAAGUGUUGGUUAUAAAUAACCUAGUAUCCAGUCUAGAAAGAAUAGACUUUUUAAAAGUCCAGUUUUUUUUGGGGGGGUUUUUAUAACUUAAAUUUGUCCCUGUUAGAUUCUUUUUUUUUUUUCUUAUUUGAACCAGCAAGGAACUCUCUCUUCUCAGGAAUACCUUACUGAUUAAAAUUUGUAAAAGGAAACUAUCACUGAGUGGAAUGUUCAUUUUAUGCUAGUUAUUUUAUUAUUUAAAAUACAUAGAGGAAAAUAUUGUUGAAGGAUCUUUUUGUCACUUUCUCUUCUAGUGUUUCUUCCCAUCUUUUUUGGUCCUUAUGUGGUCCUUCUGGUCCUUAUAUAUUAGCAACCUGAGAGGUGGGCAGUGGGUUUUGCCAAAUGACACCAGUUUUAGAUCAGGGAUGUACACAGUCAUCUGAGGGAAGAGGUUUUUCAAAAGGACUUGUAUUUGAAAGGGUAGCAGGUUAGAAUUCCUCAGAAGUCCCAGCUGGGAAACAGGGAUGUAGCCAAUACUUAUAUUAUGACCUCUUCCUUUGAUCCUGUAGAUUUCAGUGCCGGAUGAAUAUUUGGAGUAGGUUGAGUAUAUUUUUUUUAACAUUUUUAUUGUUUGAUUAGUAUCCUGAGAAAUGGACAUUUCAUCAUGUAAAAUUCCUGUUCUUCUGGAAAGGCUUUUGUUUUGAUGUUCUUGAAUUAUUUUCUGACCCAGAAUUAUCCUUUAAAAACAAAACAAAACAAAAAGUCAAGAUAUCUAGAGCUAAAAAGCACUUCAUGAGAUGCUAGAGCUGAUCCAUUUGGUUGAAAUGUUGACCUUAUCCUGUUACUUAAAUGUGAACAUUUAUUGUAUAUUCAGUGAGUUAUAGUGUUAAUAGUCUUGUGCUACCCAGCAGGUGUAAAAAUUAAUAAAUAUUUUUUCUAAUAAA